AGUACUCAGACCCGGAAGCCGGACGUUGAUGCGCAGGAAUGUUGAUGUUAGAAAGUGGAAGAGAAGAGCGAUAACGAGAGCUGCUAGAGUUAAUUAAUUAAUAUCAAUUACAUCCGAUCAGGAUGAUUGAGAUCUCGUGCAGAAUGUGAGGGUCGGACGGAAAACAUCAUGCCGUUCAAAAACAUCAGGCAGCGCAGUGUGGGCCGGGCGAGGGUGUCUCAUGCGGUGGCUGUGAUCUUCCUGGAGUUCUUCGCCUGGGGUCUCCUGACCACGCCGAUGCUGACGGUGCUGCACGAAACCUUCCCACAGCACACGUUCCUCAUGAACGGCCUCAUCCAGGGCGUCAAGGGUCUGCUGUCGUUCAUGAGCGCUCCUCUGAUUGGGGCCUUGUCUGAUAUUUGGGGCAGAAAGAGUUUCCUGCUGCUCACUGUGUUUUUCACCUGCGCCCCAAUCCCACUGAUGAGGAUCAGCCCGUGGUGGUUCUUUGCUCUGAUGUCGGUGUCUGGCCUUUUCUCUGUUACAUUUUCUGUGAUAUUUGCGUAUGUGGCUGAUAUUACAGAAGAGCAUGAACGAAGCACAGCGUAUGGACUGGUUUCGGCGACGUUCGCAGCGAGUUUGGUGACGAGUCCGGCUAUCGGCGCGUUCCUGUCGGCCCGGUACGGGGACAGUCUGGUGGUUCUGCUCGCCACCAUCAUCGCAGUGGCCGACAUCCUCUUCGUCCUGCUGGUGGUGCCCGAGUCUCUGCCCGACAAGAUGAGGCUGUCGUCGUGGGGUUUCCCCAUCUCCUGGGCGCAGGCGGACCCGUUCGCUUCUCUGAGGAAGGUUGGGAAAGACUCCACAGUGCUGCUCAUCUGCGUCACCGUGUUCCUGUCGUAUCUUCCGGAGGCCGGACAGUACUCCAGCUUCUUCCUCUACCUGGGACAGGUCAUUAACUUCUCAUCUGAAGCAAUUGCGGCGUAUAUAGCGAUGGUGGGAAUCCUGUCCAUCAUUGCACAGACGUUACUUUUAAGCCUUCUAAUGAAGAGAAUCGGCAAUAAAAGCACCGUGCUUCUGGGACUGGGGUUUCAGCUGUUCCAGCUGGCCUGGUACGGCUUCGGGUCAGAACCAUGGAUGAUGUGGGCGGCCGGGACCGUCGCUGCCAUGUCCAGUAUCACCUUUCCCGCCGUGAGCGCGCUCGUCUCUCACUGCACAGAUCACGACCAGCAGGGAGCGGUUCAGGGAAUGAUCACAGGGAUUCGAGGUCUGUGUAACGGACUCGGCCCGGCUCUCUUCGGAUUCAUAUUCUUCCUCUUCAAUGUGGAGCUGAAGGAGAUGAGCCCCGUCCCGAACCCCGUCACGCCCGGCACCGAAGAGAGGUCGGUUAUUCCUGGACCCCCGUUCCUGUUCGGCGCGUGUACGGUUGUGCUGGCGCUUCUGGUGGCGGUCUUCAUCCCGGCUCAACACACUCCGGUCGUGAAGACGUGCAGCACGAGGAUCAUGACGGAGCCGGUGAGCGGCGGCCCCGAGAACGGCUCCGUUCCUGUGAGUGACGAAGACAACGAGCCUCUUCUACAGGACAGCAGCUUAUAGACCACCGAACCCCAGCAAGGUCUCCAUUCCAGCAGUGUGUCUGAAAAAGCUUUGUAUGAGAUGACGUCUAAACGUCUUUUUGGUGACAAGGUCUCAUUUGAUAACAUUGCAUUAGCUAACAUUAAAGGGAUAGUUCACCCAAAAAUUUUAAUUAGCCCAUCUUGGAUGCCCUUGAGGUAAGAUAAAACAUAUCAAAAAUUAAUUUCAAAGUGAACUAUCCCUUUAACUGCAGCAUUUAUUAAUCUUGAUCAAUGUUAGUUAAUACAAAUACAAUAGUCAACAUUAGUAGUGGAUCAAAAAAGUGAGUCAAAGUUGUCCUACGACAGGUAUUGUUCAUACUCGUGUUCUGAUCCACUUCAAAUGUGGACUACUGGUCAUUGUUUGUUCAUAUUAGCCCACAGUGCAAGAACGUUAUGUAAUGUUUUUAAUUUUACAUGAACUGAGCAUGAAAUUUUUAAUGUAUCAUGAUUUAACAUGGACAAGAUUUAUAAAUGCUGUAGAAGUCUUUUUCAUUGUUAGUUCUUGCUACUAAUGUGGUAAGCUAAUGCUAACAAAUGAAACCUUAUUCUAAAGAUUACAAUCUUAUUUUUUAUCCCUCUGGUUUUGAAUCUUUGAAAGAGAAUGUGCCUUCUUCAUAUUUUGGCGUAUAGUUUAUGUGCUGCCGUGUCUCUGAAUGUAAGUGUAAUGCUAUAAUGUAUUACUGAUGACCUUUAACCUCUGCGCUAAACUUGGACAGACUGCAAUAAUAAAGUCAGUGUGCAACGUUUUAAAAACACUGCGAAACAUGAUAUUCAUUCAAGUCUGGUUUUCCAGCACAAAUAUCUAAACAUUCUUAAAUCAAGAGACAUUUACUGGAGAAGAAGAUAAAUGUCUUAUUUAAU